AACAAUUCAUGGCUAGCAUUUUUUGCUCGAUUUUCGUCCGUAUCCUGUAUCUGCAGCUGUACUUUUCUAGUUCGAAAUAAAACGUGUGCACAUCUCGGGUUUUAAAGAGAACAAAAGCGCAAAAUUUGUAAACGAGAUGUAUUUAAAGAGCGAAAUAAAAGAAGACACUUUUUUUUAUCAGUCACGUGCCUUCGAUCUGCAAAUAAAGUUGUAUGACGAGUUAAAAAUAAAACGGAUGCAGGUUAGGACGGAAAAAGAGAGAGCGAGAAGGAAGGUGAAAAAAGUGCAGAGAGCGCAGUUGAAACAAGUCUGAUUACUCUCUAAAUUCCGAUGUUUUCGCGUCGUGAAGUUUAGGUUGUGCGUGUGUUUGUACGAUCGAUCGCACGCAUUGCAUUUCACGUUCUCGUUCUCGAUCGAGGAAACGUGAUCGGCGGAGGAGGUGAUCGAGGACGAGGAAGGGAACGUGCAUGGGGAGAAACGCGGUGCUGGCGGAGGCCGCGAGGAACGGAGGUUGACAGCACUGGCCGCGACCCGCGACGACACGACACGAACAUGUCGGCUGCUAAAUGCAUUUUGACAGUCGACACGCAGGUCGAUCAACAGUGAGAAAAGGAGGAUCCGUCGCCGAUCCCGAAACCGCCGCGCCGUCACGAUCGUCGCCUCGGAGGAUGUCAUGUACGUCAAUCGCGGUAACGCGAGGGAGAAUGGAAGGAAGAAGUGCCACGUAACGGCGCGGUAGCGACGCACGUUUUUCAGAGUCAACAGUCUAAAUAAUCGCGAGUUGCGACGUCAAUUUCCUGUCCGAGGAUUUAUAUCGACUCAAGGAGCGUAAAACAUGAGCUGGUUUGAUGCCACGGGAUUUGCCAAUCUGGCAAAGUCCGCUCUGAAGGGAGCGCAGAAGACCAUAGACAAGGCCUUGGACAUCAAGGAGGAGGAACCGAAGAUUCAGCCGCGUACGGAUGAGACUUCGGAUUUUUUCGCGAGCUGGGGGCUGCAGAAUGAACAGGAGGCCAACAAACGCGACGGCAAUCCGCAGAAACAGCAGCAAAACACGAGCAGUAUUUGGGGUAGCUUUACAGGCUCGUUUUUUGAGCCGCCAAAGAUCGUAGACGGGAAUGGAUGGAAAACUGUCAAGCAUUCCAAGUCUUUGCAAAGUGCCACCAGUCAGGAUGAGCAGCAACGCAGCAUGGUGUCUUCUACUUCCGCUCCCGAAAAAUUGGCGACGAAGGACGCAAAAUCCGCGAUAGCAAAGAGUGAAUCUGUACAUAAGGAAGAUGAGAGGGAGUCUAGUGCUAUCAGUGAGUCUGUAAAUACGAAUCUUAGCUUGUCUAAAGAAUCUAAUGAUAAAACUGCGUCAGAAUCUUGUGUAUUGUCAGAACAGUCGUCUUUGGACAAUGUUGUUUCUAUCAGUACCGAUAAGACUGUAACUAAAAGUGCCAGUUUAGACUUGGAACAAAUAUACUAUGCACCAACGGCGGAUAAUACCGACAGUGAUUCCACGACGAGCACCGAUGAAAAGGAAGAAGGACAAUGUGACAACGAGGCAGCAUCGGAAAGCAAUGAUAUCAAUCGUACAUCGAGUCCCACUAAUGUGUUCCAUAAAGUACCUAAUGUUUCCUCCGAGAGCGAUAAGAAGAGUCUGGAGAGCUUGGAGAUACUUGGUUCGCAAUCCGACACCGAUUGCACCACCACACCGGAGUCGGAUCUCAAUUCCGUUACUAAUUCGUUAAGUCCCUCCGUCGUCGGUAUCAAGGUGAAUUCCGAAUCGGUCGAGAUCCUGCCGGACAGUCUCGUAACGUCGCCGAGCUCCGUGGAGAUCCUGGGAGACUGGAAGAGCGACAGCAGCCCUUAUCUAUCUCCAAUAGAGCCAAAGAAUUUAGAGUCAUUGCCUGUCCUGGGCGGAGACGAAUGCACCACUCCAUGCAUAGACUGCACCGGCACGUUACACCCACCGAGUAGAGAUCAAUUCGAAACUUCGUCAUCCGACAUUUCUCCGUACGAAUCACCGAUGGAGGAAGUAAAAACGUUGAACGUCAGUCCGUAUCCUUAUAGCGUUGAUAGUACACCGUCACCGAGCGCGUUAUCCAGCUUGGACACGAAUAAAAGUUCGUCGCACGCGGCGGACAGCUCGAAAACUUCCCCCGAAAGCGUCGAGGUAAUACCAGACGUGGACGAACCGGACGAGAGCUUGGCCGAGGAUUCUUACACUUCGGCUUCCGAGGGCACGGUCAUGACGGUGCUUGAGCCGUUGCAACAAUUGGACACGGUUAAAAAUAAGAUGGAACUGACUGAUAUGAACGUGAAGAUGCCUAUAAAGAUGCACGAUUCGUAUCCGGACGAUAGGCAAACGUCGGCAAAGGUUUGCACGGAGAGCAAGUUAAACUUGAGUCUUGACUCGCUGAAGGAAAAACACAAUUUGCAUCUGACGCUCGAGCCAAUUACCACACAACCGAUUCGCAAAUUGGACCAUUUGGAAGGAGUAAAUGAGAAACCGGAGAACGUUUCUACCUUUUCUCAAUUAAUGAGUACCACUAUAGAGCCGCCGGAUCUAGAUAGUCAAAUCGAAAGCAUGGAUGAAACAAAGAUGAUCGAGAGUAGUAAUGAUCAAUAUUUAAUAUCUACCGAUUCAAGCAGGGAAGGUACCUUGAUAGAGAGCAGUUCGGAGGAUAAUGCGACGUUGAUGUGCACGAGCGAUUCCAAAGUCCUCGAGACACCUUUGACUACCAGUUCUUAUGUGAAGACCAUGCUGGCUGAUGCUAUGGUCGAAAAAAGUGAAAUAAUUGAUAUGGAAAGCCAUUGCACGGAAGUACCGCGAGAAAAUUCACCAAUAUCGUCAGAAAGCCGUUCCGAUCUGGUAAAAAUCGGGUCUGAUCAAGCCAGUGGACAUACGAGCGGAGACGAAUUAGAAACUACAACGUCGAGCGAUAUUGAGAUAAUAUCUAGUCCUAACGGUGAUUCGAGUUCAACCCAAUCGCGACAGAGUCCGGCGAAAUUACAGUUGAGCAAAGGCGGUGAUUUGCUAACGAAAACUUUAAAGACCCGAGGCCAUUCUCGAGAAUUAAGCGAAAUCAGCAUAGGUUCGGACGAAACGAAUAUGGAGAUUGAAAAGCUAUUGAAACGCGUGCAGGAGAUGACAGAGAUUUUAGAAGCGAGAGAAUCAAAGUUAAUCGACGUGAGCAGGAUAAAUAUGGAGUUACAUGAGCAAAAUGCAAAUUUAAUAAAGCAGCUUGAGAAUUUUGAAAAACACGCGGAGCAAAAUCAAAAUAUUAAUCAAAUCACGGAUGAAUAUACGCAGCGUCUGUCGGCACUGGAGAGGAAAUUUCAGCAAGCGAUAAGGGAGCGUGAUCAACUGAGGAAAAAUUUAGAUCAAUUAAAGUUAGAAGCAGCAUCGCGUUUAUCGUCGCAAGAGAUGUCGAAUAUAAACGCUGAGAAGGACGAAAUCAUAAAGGAGCUUCGUGAAGAGGGCGAGAAACUCAGCAAACAACAACUUCAACACAGCAACAUCAUAAAAAAGCUGCGCGUAAAAGAGAAAGAGACUGAUGCAACGAUAAAGAGUCAAAAAGAGCAAAUAGAGGAACAAAAUACGGAAUUGGAGAGAUUAAAACGAUCGCUGCACGCGAAGGAGGAGGUCGAGCGCAGUCAAAUAGAAGCUGUUCAUACGCUGACAGCGAAAACGAAGAAGCAAGAGAAAGAGAUACUAACGUUACAAGAAAAAUUGGAUAAUGCAGUGAAUAAGAUGGAGGCUUAUAAGAAGAGCUUGGAUGCUGCAAAAGUGGACUUAGCAGAAACGAAGAAAAAGCUGCUAACCACUGAAGAGGAAUUAAAAGAAGCCGUGGAUAACGCGGCUGAAUCGUGCCAAUUGUUUGCACAAGUGGAGGAUUUGAAAUUGAAAUACCGUCAAGCCGAGGAAGCUCACGUCAAAAGGGAAGAGUUUUUCAAGCAUGAAAACAACGAAUUACUUAAGCGAUUAGAAGCUUCAGAAGCCAGAAGUGAAGAGUUAUCCGAAUCUGUCUCGAUAGCAACAAAACCUCUGUUAAGGCAGAUAGAACAACUGCAAGCAAACUUACAACAUAAAUCCAAUAGCUUCAUGAAGCAGGAGAAGGUUUUAUCGGAGAAAAUUAUUAAAUUGCAGUCCAAAAUCGAGAAUUUAACCGAGAUGGAUCGUCUUCUGAGAGAAGAGAAUAUUAAUCUGAAAACCAAAGAAUCGCAUUUAGAAUCGAAGCUCAACUUAAAAGAGAAAGAAAGGUCGAAAUUGCAGGAAUUGCACGAUACAUUAAAAGAAGAAAAUGAGAGAUUAUUAAAGCAGAAUAAAGAACACCAAGAUGCGAUAAACACUCUCGAGCAGACACAUUCCAGUCAAGUGCAGGAAUUAAAAAGAGAGAUAAACGCGCUAGAGAAUAAGUUAGCCGUCGAAAAGGCAGCGACUGAUGCAGAAAGGAGAAGAAAUAACGCAAUAUUGGAACAGCAGCAAAAUACCGAUGAGGAAUCACGAUUUAGCCCUACUCUCAGCAUAGGACAAGAAUCUGUUAGCAGUGCAAAUAGUGCCUGGCCAGGGUUCAGCGAUUCAGUAUUUGAUAAUAACUCUGGCAGAUUUCCUCCAAUACCAUACGAAAGUAUUAUAACGGGCUCGAGUAGUACGUCGAUCUUCGAGAACUUGCAAGCGCAAUUGAAACAGAGAGACGGUGAGAUACAGCAACUUCAGUGGGAAUUGUCUCGACGAAACACAGAGAGGGAUACACUGAAUUCGGAAUUGGCGACGUUAACUUUGAAGGUCGAGGAAUUGAGUGCCAGCGUCGCGGAAGCGCAGGCACUCAACGAGAGUCUUAACGAGACGCAAACCAGAUACGACGCGUUGCUGCAAAUGUAUGGCGAAAAGGUCGAGGAGAAUCAGGAACUGCGACUGGACCUCGAGGACGUUAAGGAGAUCUCUAACAUGGGAGACUCAGCUCCGAUAAAAGGCAGACGCCUGAAAAAUCGACAGAAGAGAAGGAUGCCAGAUGUAAUAUUGCAUACCAGGAAUGUAAUGAUUCCCAUUGUGAAACCUGUGCCCUUUAAGCAGAGCUGCGACGCUACCUUAUCAGAGAACAGGACUUUUCAGCGACAGAUUCUGAGAACGCAAAACUGCAUAAAUAAUCCUGCAUUGCUGUUCUCAGAGGCACCCUUGCGUACAUUAUACGAUCCCUUGGGAAACUCACUCGAGGUAAAAAGAACUGAUCGCUGGAAAGCCAAGGAUCAAAGUGCAAAGUAUACUACUUUUGGAAAGAACGAGUCUCCAAGCAUCGAGAAAAUUAGUAUUUCGCAAAAUUUGUACCCAUCGAAGAGAUUAUCCUGCAAGGAGAGAAAUGAUACGUUACAAUUUCCCAAUACAGUGCUCGCGCAAUCCGAACCGUCCGCAGAUGAAAAGAAUUUGCACAAAGCAAGUUCAAGAUCUAUAAAAUUAUCAAGGAAGUGCGAUCUGUCGCAGAUGAAGGAAAGCCAGACGAGACACGAGGAUAUAAUUGUACUUUUGCCAAAGAUAGAAACGCCAAUCAGUAAUAUCAUGAGCAAACCGGUUGUGUCACUAUCAAGUCAAUCGUUCUACGAUAUUGCAGACACCGUCUCCACGGUGUCAACACCGUCAAGCUUCAAGAUCGAAAAUAAAAAAACGUUUGCAAAUAUUGCAAACAGGGCGAAGUCGAUAUCUAGUAAAGCGUCAAAUCAUUUGCAUCCCAGUAACAGCGAAUAUGAAAUUAAUGUUUUACAUUAUGAAAAUGAAGUUCUGCCAGGAAAUAACUUCCCACAGUUUGCACAAUCUCAUUUAAAAUCUACUAACACAAACUGGUCUUCUGUCUACAACUGCAGCAGUUUAGCCAAAAUUCAGGAUGACAAUCUUGUUGAGGAGAGAAAUGCGAUAAAGAGCCAUACGUGGGAUGAAGAUAAGACUGCGGGUAACAUCAAAUAUUCUUGGGAAAUAGAUAAUUGGAUGCCACACACAUCUUCUCAAAGAAAAGAACCUGACAACGCUGAAAUGAAAACUGCUGAGAGAAAUGGCAGAAGACCUUAUGACUGUAAAAUAAAAUAUUCCUGGCAAGUUAUUGGAACAGGCACACAGACAUCACACACCUUAUUGCAAGACUUGUUAAAUAAUAUGGAGGAUAAUAAGCCUGCGUACAAAAUGUGCAGCAUUAAAUAUUCCUGGCAAAUUAUAGGGAUUAGUACGCAAGCGUCUUUGCACGAUUAUAACGAUCCAGAUUAUUGGAGCGGCAUGUUGCUAACGCCGAGUAAGAAUUAUAACGGGAAUGAACAUGAAAUCGGCAGUAAUGAAACAGAUCACGCUAAACUGCAUGAUUAUGUGAGAUAUCCAGGAAGAUCGAGGAAAUACCUGAUAUUGAACAAUCAGCAGACCCAAACGUUUGCUGAGAAAGAAAUUCAAGCUGACCCUAAUGAUUAUAUGGAACAAAUUUUAGAAGCGCUGACCAAACAAAAACCGUCCUAUAAAUUGGAGUUGGAGCAAAUCGACAAUUAUGACGAAUUAUUGCACAAAUACGUGACAAAACCAUUAACGCCAAAUAUUUCUAGUAAGAGUUCCGAUAACGGUAAUGAAAAAACGAAGAGAGAAGAACUUCUGAUGCGAUUAAUGUAUGCAUUAAAGAAAUUAAACCAAUAUGAACGAAAUGUGGACAAAAAUCGGAGCACAAAUGUAUCACAUCCUGAUGCGGAAGAUACUUUUGCACAAAAAGGAGAAGUAUUGCCACAGAACGUGACAGACAAUAUCAAAAGCAUUGUAGAAUCUACACAGGAAUACAUAGCAAAACUGGAUUGUCAAUUGAAAGAUCUCGACAAUGCUGAUCAGCAGAUAGAAAAUAGUAUGAUGAGAACGUUAAAAGAUAUAGACGGGACGUUUCAAUCUUUGUUAGAUGACGUGUGCCACGAGAUCAAUAAGAGACGCGAACAGCUGAUACUGGAGACAGAAAUUCAUAAACACGAGAGUCUGAUACCGUUGAGGGCUUGUAGAAGGGAGCUGGAGGCACAGGUGCAAAAUGCGCAGAAUAUCAUAUCGAUGAGCGAGGAUAUUCUACGGCAUCCGCAUCGAUAUAGCGCGAAUGGAUUUGGAAAGAUAAUUUCUGCGAGUAAUGAUAUAGGCAGAAUCCCGGCGGUGCCGUAUUCAGAGGAGCUUCCGAAUAUAAAUUUCGAUCGUCCAUUGAACUCGUACAAGGAAGAGAUUAUGGAGCAGAUAUCGAAACUUGGCUGCAUCUCUCGCACGGUACCCGUUCAGAUAAUAAACAUUGAGGAGAGACCGGCGGGAUUAUACGUUAAAUGGCACGUAACUAAUCCGGAGUACUUCGCCGAAGAACAGACGUAUGUCGUGGAGAAAGCUAACGGGGAGAUUCUCGACCCGGCGUCAAGCAAGUUCGAGACGGUGUACAGAGGAUCCGAGACUUCUUGCUUUAUCAGAAAUAUACCUGUUGAUCGACAAGUUACGCUCAGAGUUAGAAUACAAGCGGACAACGUCGCAAGGAGCGUACAUCACGUCACACGGACUUUUAUACCGCCUUAUAGCUGGGAACUUGAUAACAAGGAUUACGUGAUCACUAAUAACGAUAAAGUUGCUGCAAAAGUUACGGAUACCAUAAGUACGUUGUUCUCGCAAGGUCCUCAAUUCGAUGCGAAUUACAUAAUUGAAUUCAAGUUUUUAGAAGUUUCACCAGAAGGAAACGAUGACGAGGGCAUUGCGUUAGUCUACGACCCGCAAGGUAGUCACGACACCUUGAAAAGAGCAGCCUCGCUGAUGAUCACGCCGCAAGGCAAAAUCUUCAUGGACGGUGACGAGAAACUGAUGCGCCUGCCGAGGAUGCGUCUCGGUGCGGUCAUCAUGAUCUCUGCCCUCCGGAAAAAUGCUCACGUGUUGCGAGUGAACAUCGAGUCUGAAAACAAAUGCGUCACGUACGACUGGCGGGUGCAAACGCCGCUCUAUCUUGCCGCUAGAUUUGCCGGGCGUGAAAAGUGGCGCCUGACGAUCGAGUAAAGAUGCGAGAUACGUGCAAAUUAAAUUUUUUUUUUAUUACAAAACGAGAUGCACAAUGUAAUUUUGCGGCAAUAAAGAGUAUAAGUGCCUUACA